AUGGCGACUAUCAGGGUAGUAACGUGUCGGCUCGUCCUCGCGUCGUUGUCGCGGAAUUGCGAACGUGUCAUCCCCAGCGCGACCGUGAUCUCGAAGAAGAGCUACUCAACCACUGCGGAAAAUGAAAAGAUCUAUGAUAUCGUCAUCGCCGGAGGCGGCAUGGUCGGUACGACGUUGGCGUGCGCUAUAGCGAACAAUCGGAGAUUGGCAAACAAGAAGAUCUUACUUUUAGAAAAUAAUCCUAAACAGGAAUACACACCCCAGGAAAAAUACUCCAAUCGAGUUGUCGCAGUGAAUCAACAAACCCGUACUUUAUUAUCCAGCAUAGGAGCAUGGAAACAUAUAGAGGCAGUCCGAUAUUCUCCAGUACGAAAACUGCAGGUAUGGGAGGCAUGUUCCGAUGCUAUGAUAACAUUCAACGAGGAUUUGUCGUGCAAAGAAUUGGCCUAUAUAAUUGAGAAUGACCUGUUAUUGCACGCGAUCAACAAACAGCUUUCUGAGAAAGAAAAUGUUACUUUAAUUUACAAUUCUAAAGUCGCCAAUGUGAAACUUCUGAAGACGGGAAUGGAAUUCGUUACUAUACAGCUGCAGUCUGGAGAGCAGUACAGGACUAGAUUACUGGUGGGUGCCGAUGGCGUUAACUCCUUGGUGAGGAAGGCAAUGGGUGUGAUUUAUCUCAACUGGCAAUACAAUCAAUUGGGCAUCGUUGCGACUGUCAAGCUGUCUGAGCCUACGGAGAACGUCAUUGCUUGGCAAAGAUUUCUUCCAACGGGACCCAUCGCAAUGCUUCCGCUGACAGAUUCUCUCAGUUCACUCGUAUGGUCCGUCACGAAAGAGAAAGCAAAGGAAUUAUUGAAAAUCUCGGAGGAAGAAUUUGUCGACAGAAUAAAUGAGGCGCUGUGGCGAAUUUAUCCGAAGAGCAGUAUCGUCGAAAGUGGGAUGCAAGGAUUCCACUGGUUACUUACAAGACUUGCCUUAAAGACCAAUGCAUUAUUCAAGCAAAUGCCACCCUCCGUGGAAGCAAUUGUCGAGGGAUCGCGGGCAGCAUUUCCCUUAGGUUUUGGUCAUGCCUCAUCUUAUGCUCAGUCAGGCGCGGUGUUGAUCGGGGAUGCUGCACAUCGAGUUCAUCCUUUGGCAGGUCAAGGUGUAAAUCUAGGUUUUGGCGACGUGGUAGAUCUGACGCAAAUCCUCGCCGAGGCCAACGUGAACGGCAGUCAUCUCAAUGAUAUGUUCUAUUUGCGGACAUACGAGACGGUGAGGCAACGUCACAAUAUACCGAUGAUGCUCGCCAUCGAUGGACUUCAUCGGUUCUAUCAACACACCGCGGCACCCAUUGUUCUUAGUAGAAGUCUGGGCUUGCAAUUAAUAGAUGCUCUCCCGCCAAUCAAGAAACUUUUAAUGCAACAGGCUGCAGGAAAUAUGUUUUAAAAAAUAUGCUGAUCGUACUGAAGAAUGUACAGAAUGUAAAUAAUGUAAAGAAUGGUUAAUUUACUUUCUGUAUUAUACAUAUAUAUCGUCAAAACUAGAAGUGGCAAAUAGGGUAAGGUUAACGCGAUGUUUUGAAGCAUUUUUUAAUUGGUCAAUUUGUAAAAUUCUUUCUUCUAAUUGGACUAUCAACCUUUUCAAAGCAUUUGCAGCGAGACUUUGACCAUAGUUCCAGAUCUGUAAUUAGUUUAUGGACGCUCUGAGAUAAUUAUAUUAAAUUUUUCUUAAUUUUAGAUUUUCUGGUAAUCUCUACAUGUAUCUCCUUUUUUUCCUUUAGAAGAAACAUAUUUGUGUUUCCUCUAAAACAUAUUUAAGUUUCCUGUUAACAUAUUUGUACGCAUAUACAGGGUUUUCCAAGGAUAUGGAAAUUCUGUAAAAAAAGAGAAUACUAGAAAACGGUGAAACACGACGAUGCUCCAUAAAAAGCUAUCUUUUGCAUGAGUGCUGAUUAACUUCUCCUAGGUGUGCGAGGACGGAAGAUGUGAUGAAAAUUUUAAAUAUCAUUAAAAGCCGUAUUUGGAACCUUAUUUGAAAAGCUUUUUAAUGGCGAUCAAGAUGCUAACAAUUUUAAAUCUCUACUAAUAAUUCAAAAUAACAGCUAAAAGUGAAAAUUUCAUAUAUUUAGCAUUACUUGGUAUUAUCCACGAUCAUCUCUCUCGUCUUCAUGCACCUGUGAGUGAUGGUUAAUAAGCAUACAUAAAAGUAACUUUUUUGGAAUAUCGAAACGUAUUUCGAAAUUUUCCAACAUCUUUACUUUAUAAAAAUUAUUACAGGGUUUCUACAUUCUUUUUGGAAAACUGUAUAUUUCUUCUUCUUCUUCUUCUUCUUCUUCUUUUUCUACCCGGUCAUUUCCAAUUUUACUUGUAGAAAUCGAAAUCUUCAAAGAAACUAUAUAUUUGUACAUUCUAUGUUGUUGCCUCUAUGAUAAAAUCCUUAGUUGUUUUGUUAAUAUGGAGACAAA